GAUCGCAAAGCUGCCAUGGAGACGAUUGCGAUGGGAUCGUCACUGUCGAUGUCGUGAAAAUAAAUUAAUUGGUUAAAUAUUUUUGGUAAUUUAACAUAUUAAUCGCCCAAGGAAACUGUACAAUUAGGAUGAUCAUGGAGGUGCUAACUAGCUAGAUAAUAACUUGCCAAGGGGGUAUGAUUUCAGAACCAAAUAAGCCGCUGCGAUCCUAUCCAAUAUCGUGUGACUGAGACUGAGUCAGUGAGUGUACCGUAGCUGUUGGAUGCAAUAUGUGACGCCCUGACCAGCCCGGUGACGACUGGCAAGUUACGCUGGGAUAUUGGCACUGCGCCGACACGGCCUGAGCCGGGAUCAGCUCACUCUCCACAAAAGCCCCAUCCACAAGCUCGAAUUUCGCUCAUCUGCACCACUCAUCCUACGAACCUUGAAUUGUCAGUGUCGGUGGAUCAGCUAUUGGCCUUUCGUUUCUUACAGUCUGCCUUGCCCUUGAAUAAUUAAGGUAUUUUGCUUCAUUUCUUCAUUCCUCAACAGAGAUGAUGAUGGGUUCAAACCUCAGGAUAGAUGAAACAUCUUGUGGUCAGGUUGUUUGCCAGCAUCCUGCCUGUUGGUAUUCCAAUCGACGAGUGGAAAGGGGUCUUCCAAGGACUCAAUACGUUGAACCAGAAGAUAAUGGAAAUAUCUCUGAUGAGGAACUUCCAACACUCAAAGUGCUGAACAUGCUUGGAGAGUAUGGCUAUGACCCUGGCGAUCGCUACCCCACCCAGCAUCCGUUGCCAAGGAAAAGGCUUCCAAAACCCAGCAGCUUGGAUGAUGAUGAUGCGGGGAGGAGUCAUUCUGCCCCUGUUAUUCGUCAGCUGAUAGAUCAACCUCAGCAGAAUGCACCUAGCUCAGCAGCGAAGCACAUGCCCUUCACGCCUCACCAGACGCCCAUCAACCGAACACCAAUCAACCAAACCCCUACCCAGUCCCAAGGUACACCUCAGAAGGCCAAAUCUCCAGCCAAGCAGCGUCCCACCAACAAGUCCGCCCCAGCCCGCACCGUGCCGUUUGGCUACCUGGAGUUUGUGAACGGGGUCAAGAAGGUGGACAUGAGAGAUUCUCUUGGGUUGGGUGCGGUCAAGCACCAGGGGGUGAUACCACAGAAUGGCAAGGUCUACGUGUGGUGCCCUGGUCCUCGAGGAAAAGCUGAUACCUCACAAGAAAGGUCUCAAGAGGGUCCUACAAUACUAAAGGUCAAACCUAAAGAUGUGACAGAGGACAUGAUCCCAAGGAAUCUUGCCAAAAAUCAGAACAAGGAGAAGGGUCAAAAGCAGAGGAAAUCGCCAAGCUUCCAGACACCGACUGGAGGAAGACCCUACACCCAUCCAGCCAGAUCACCUCCUCCCCUCACCAGACGGACAUUGCCUCAGGAUAUUGAUGAAGGAAUUGCACAGUUACUUCAGUUACCAAGAGAAGUCUUACUUGAACUGGUAGAGCACACCAAAGAGAGUGAUCUUUUUGACAAGAACAAGGUGGCAAUGCUGCUAGAGAAGCUCAUGCCUCACAUCCAUUUUGAGAAGAAUGACGUGACCCAGCAGCAUCCACCUCCCCUCUUGCCAGUCAAUACCCAAGUCCCCUCCCAAAACGUGGCACCAUCAGCACCCCUGCACUCCAGUGGAAUACUCCGGCAGAAGAAGGUGACGCUAUUAGACAGCCGUGAUAAGAAGGUGGAUCCUUUAAGGGCUCCACCCCCCACAAGGAGUAUGCCCUUCUUCCUUGAUGAGAGCGGGAUGUCGGGAAUCACUUCGUCGUCCUACACAAAGCGAGAGAGGCCGGAUCAUCAGGGGGACGAGGAUCGGGAGACAACAUUGAUAUCACCAACGAUAGCCUCAGAAGAGUUGACCAAGAGGAAAGCACUUGGACCAAUCAGAGCGGCACCAACCGAGAUGUCCAAUUACUCUCGACGUAAGAUGACCUCUGUCUCUGCCAAGAGCUUGCCCCCUCUACAGCCUGGUGUGAGGUCCAUCAGACCUUUCAACUACACUGCUCAGUCAUUUGAUCUUGCGCUCAGUCCUCUUACCACACCCGACUACGAGCCUUCCGAGAAGUCAUCUAGCCCCUACUCAGGCAGAGCAUCCACUGUGUAUGUCACCGUCCCCAGCCACCUGUCUGGCCACACCCCUUCCCAGACGCCAUGCACAGUGUGUGAGCGCACCCCUAUCCCUCCCAUACCAACGAGGUUGGGGUCGGCGCACUAUUCAACCAUCUCCACCGUACCAAGCGACGACUUUCCGGAGUUGCAUUGGGUUGACUUUGAGAAUGCAAUUCGUGAGGGUGCUCCAACCCAUGUGUUCCGAGUACCGUAUGCUAUGUCAGAUGAAGUUAAACAAGGAAGUUAUCCUGAUGAUUUACCAUCAAUUAACAAAGUCCUGGACCAGGUGAAUAUUGUCAACCUGCCUCCUGGCAGUACAAUAGCACCUUCCUCGGUAGAACCGGAUACCCCUGCAGCAGGCGACAAGGCUGAGCAAUACAACGUCCCCCAGGAUCGACCCAUAGGAACUGCCAGUACAGACACCAGAGGCACCUAUUCCGUACAGAGCUCUGCCAAGCCACCAGAAUCCAACACUCCUUAUGAUGCUGCCACGAGUGUUAUGGCACAAGCAUCAGAGAAGGCCAUAGGGUCGCCACUGGCUCUGGAUACCCCGCUGCCAACAGCACCAACGCCGGAGGUGUGGCCUGUGGUGGAUGAGAGGGAGUACAUGAACUCUCCUGAGCGGAAGAAUGACAGGUUGUCCAACAAGAAGAUUGAUAUGAUCCUUGCCCCGGUAGCGCCUCCGCCUUCCCCAGAACCGGCUGGUAUGGACGUUGACUAUGACAUCCAGGAAAUGAGCAACAAGAGUACUGCGACACUUUCUCUGACACCUCUGGCAGAAGAGGAAGAGGAGGAGGAGGGGGAAGAGGAUGAAGAUGCUUGGGCUCCUAGAGCACACCAACAGCUUGUCGAUAGUCCUGUUGAACCAGUGGCUGGUCAAGCCAAGGAGGUGGGAAGCACAGAGACCAAUGUUGCAGAUACUGAGAGGACAGGUACCCGUUCUGGAGAUCAAGAAACUCACAAACAAUCUGUCCAAGAGGAACAAGCAUCCCAAGAUCGGAAUCCAGAAGCAGAAGGGCAGGACAUUAUUGAUUCAAACCUUGGGCAGGACUCCUUAAAACCUCUAAUAGAAGAAGCUGCUGAGGAUGUCCCAGUUGCCUCUGAUAGCAACCAAGUAGAGCAAAAACAACCUAAUCAGGAGAGCACCGAACAAAAUGACACAGAUGCAGAGUCACACGAACAAAGUAGCAAUGAUCAAACUGCGCCUACCUGAAUAAGAUGCAACUGAUCAAUUUCAAGAGACAUUCUAAAUAGUAAAUAGUGAAUAUUUUCAAGAAGAUAAUUUUAUGGUAUUGAAUAUAUUUUUGCAGAAAUAUGUGGAUAAAUCCAUAUGAAAACCUUAAUACUAACUGUUUGACUCUUUUGAAAUGCUAUUACAAUUGCCGUACAUUAUGUUAUUUACUUUUUUCUUUAUUGCUUUCCAUUAUUGUUGAGCAUAUACUUACAAAUAAACUGUAUUAAUUCAUUCAGGAAUUAAGAAGGUAAUACUCCAUAUGAAAUAUUUUAUGACAAGAUUGCAGAUGUGCAGCUGUAUGGAAUAAUUUGUAUACUGUAAUACCGCUAUUUGAGUCUUCACACAAAGUUGAGCAUUGUGUACCUCAGUACCGAGAUGGCAGUAGGCUUGCCUAAUGGCAAUCUUUCAUAUUCUUUCCUGGAUCUUUAAUCAUUGUCAAUUGUCAUAUCAGUUCCAGUUAAAGAUGGUUGAAGGUAUGAAAUUGUUGUUUUCAUUGACUUCACACAAAGUAUUUAUUCUGUAAUACACUUGCCUGUUUCAAUGCAAAAUAGAGUAAAGAUCUUUAAAUGAAUUGAGAUUGUGUUGCAAUGUUCACUGUACAUCUAAACGUCUUGACAGCACUAGUUGAUGUAACAAGUUUAUUUCAUGGAUAUCAAUUUGCACUGCCCACUCUAUUGCUUUAAUUUGGUUUGUAUGCUUCCAACUAUAUUCUUACCAGGGGGGUGUUUGACAAAGAGUUAAGUAUGACCUAGAGUCACACUUAAAUGUCCAGUUGCAUGCAGAAUAAUAAUAAUAGCUGGAUUUAUAAAGCGCUUUUUGCCUGAGGAUAAAAAAGCGCUGCUAUUAUAACUCCAGAUUUAGCUCGAGCUACCAUCACCGGCGCUCAGUACAUUCAAGGAAAUAAUCCUGCCGGGUACCCAUUCACCUCACCUGGGUCGAGUGCAGCACAUUGUGGAUAAAUUUCUUGCUGAAGGAAAACACGCCAUGGCUAGGAUUCGAACCCACGACCCUCUGAAAGGCGAGAAUCAGAACCACUAGACCACGACGCCCCCAUUAUAUUGAUGAUGUUAGCAUUCUAGGAAUUCCUCCUGCCAAUAACCAUUUAACACCAGGGUAGAGAGUGGCAAAUUCAGAUUAGUGUCUAUCCAAAAGGAAAUGAGAACUAAAAGAAUACUAGAACAAUUAAACUUUUUACUCAAUAUCCGAAUGCUACAUAUCUAAGAGAUAAAAGGCAUCACCGCAUUGGCCCAAUCAAGCUAUAAAGAGGAUGCACGCUAAGUACUGAAUCAAUUAGAUUGUGCAUUAAAUAAUCAUGUGUGCAUCCCCACUAAGUCAGAAUUUAAGUCACAUUUAAUUCUUUGUGAAACACCCCCAGGUAUCCAUUACUUCACCAUGGCAGAGAUAGGCAAAUAUAAAUAAAUGUCUUGCCAAUGGACAUAAUGCAGUGGUUGUUGAAUCAUGUACCAUGUAUUCCAUGUUACUUAUAUGAUUAGACCAUGAUGACUUUUACUAUAUUUUCAUAUCAUGGAGAUUGAAAUGACAAUAGAGGUGUAUAUUUGUUUGAUGCUGCACAUAAAGUGGUCAACAGAUAAAAUGUCCUUCCAUUUUAUACAGUAUUAAUUUAAACCGUCCAAUAUAUUUUUACUAUUUGAUACAUUAUCAAUUUUCUUCCUUUUUGUAUUCAUCCGUCCAAUAUAUUCUAUUAAAUAUGCUACUUUUUACAUUGUCUAUAUUGUGUACAAUAGUUAAUUGUAUUUGUAUAUGGGAUCAAUAUUGGAAUAUUAACUAAUAAUUGUAUUGACAAUUUUCAAAUGAACUAAACCUGAAUAGUAUUCUUUUGAAACUUUUUAAGAGAAGAUAGUAUCUAUGCAGUUGAAUCUGUACUGAGUGUUAUAUGCUUGUUUUAACUAAUUUAUAUCUUAAUCAAUUCCAUGUGCUCCAUAUUGAAAAAAUAAAGAGUGUAUCCCAAAAAACGUGAAACAUAUUGCCAGGGAUAGAUAUUUUUUCUAAUCAAGUAUAUUUUUGUUUCAAAGUUGACACAGAAUGAGGGGAAUCUCCUUAAUUUGAGACCUUAUUCUUAGUGGAUGUGCACGGCACUAGAUAAUGACCAAUAAAAACAGGUCUGACAAAUGAAUCUUGACUAAUUUUUUUUGCACAACUUGAAUUUGACAUUGAAAUUUACUAUCCCUCAAAUUGCCCAUUGAUGCAAAAAAAAAUACCCACAUAUUAAGCUAUCAAAAUCAAGGAGAAAAGCUGAAUUUUAUGAACAUAUCAGUCAGUUAGCUGUGCUGUUAUUAAAGUCGAUGAGAUCCUUGGCGUCCUGAUUUUUUUCUGGGACACACUAUGAAUUCAGAACUAAUCCUUUAAUAUCUUGCCUGAUAUUUUUAAGUCACAUUGUGUAUACCAGUGUGAUAUGGAUUUCUUUCAUCAGUACCUGGACUAUUUAUAACCUGCUGAACAAAUCUUGAAGGGUUUUACAUUAAGUCUCCAAAACAAGAAAUGUAUAUUUGUAUCAAAUUUAAAUGAUAUGAUUAUGACCCGUGACUCCAUCAACACGCCAUUGCUUGUCUUUAACUUUCAUUGAAAGGUAACAAGUCUCCUAGCUGGAUCAAGUUUUUGUAUAUUGAUGCAGAUGAAUAAAUGAACAAGAUUCCUCAUUCAUUGCCACUACAAGA